UCGUCCCCCGGCAGCCGCCGCGCGUCGCCGCGCAUGGGCUCCCUCCUGGGCUCCUCCGCCUCCAUCCCCAAGUUCCAGCACCCCAGCCACAGCCUGCUGGAGGAGAACGGCUUCACCCAGAUCAAGUACGAGAAGUUCAUGACGCGGUGCGUGGCGGAGCGCGCGGAGCGCGGCGCGGUCCAGUCGGAGGAGAUGAACACGUUCUUCCGCUUCGGGUGUUACUUCCUGCGCGAGCAGUUCAACCAGCAGAUGUACGACGACUUCCGCAAGUACGCUCUGGAGGAUGCUGCGGGGGACUACCAGUACGGCAUGGAGUGCCUGUUCCGCUUCUACAGCUACGGCCUGGAGCGGGCGUGGAGCGAGAGCCUGUACCGCGACUUUGAGGAGCUGACGCUGCUGGACUUUGAGAACGGCAGCCUGUAUGGUCUGGAGAAGUUCUGGGCGUUCCACCACUACACA